AUGGCCCUACCCACCAAGGGACGUGUUAUACUGGAAACGACUGUGGGGGAGAUUGACAUUGAGCUUUGGUCGAAAGAGACCCCCAAAGCAUGUCGGAACUUCAUUGCUCUGGCCAUGGAAGGCUACUACGAUGGUGUUAUAUUCCAUCGUGUUGUCCCGGACUUUUUGGUCCAGACAGGAGACCGGACAGGUACGGGAGGCGGAGGGGAGUCAUUUUUCGGAGAGCCAUUCGAGGAUGAGAUUCACCCGCGGUUGCGUUUCGUCCACCGCGGCCUAGUCGGAAUGGCGAACAAUGGCACGAAGAACUCGAAUGACUCGCAAUUCUUCAUCACCCUAAAUCGUGCGGACGAGUUGAACGGCAAGCACACCCUCUUUGGACGCGUAGUAGGAGACACGUUCUUCAAUGUCUUGAAGAUUGGCGAGAUGGAGCUUGACGACAACGAACGACCGCUAUAUCCGCCCAAGAUCAAGCGCGUACGCAUAGUGGACAGCCCGUUCGAGGACAUCGUCCCACGCAUAACGGCUGAGGAGAAGCGCGCCCAACAACGUGCUCGAGAGCAAGCGCAGCGUGAACGCGAGGAGGAACAAAGGCGCCGUGGGGCUAAAAAGGACGUGAAGCUGCUAAGUUUUGGUGGGGAGGAGGAAGCGGAAGAGGGGCCUGUGGUCUUCAAGAAGAAACCGAUUGUGCGACCAGAUCUUAUUGACAAUCCCGAGCUUCCUGCCGCAAUACCCGCAGUACCCAAUCCCCUAGCGACCAAGAACUCGUCAAAACGAGAUCGUGCAGAGCAGGACGCCCUACCCGUUGAGAAGAAGCAGUCGAAGCGAGACAAGGAUGAGAGCGACAUCAUCAAGAUCCGCGAGCAGCAUGAGCGCGAGAAGGCUGCCGCUAGCAACUCGCACAAGUCCGAGAUUGAGCGCAUGGAGGCUGAGAUCCGCAAGCUCACUCGUCGCCCCGGCGAGGGCAGCGACGAUUCUGAUGCUGAGCGUUCCAAGAAAAAGCCGAAGAAGUCGUACCUCGAGGAGGAGAUGGCCAAAUACGAGAAGGGACGGGGCCUGAAGAAGAAAGGCAAAGGCCGCAAGGACGAAGGCGACGUCCUCGCCGCGCUUAACAGUUUUCGCUCGAAGAUCAAGAGCGCGACCGUAGAGGAUUCGCCGCCUCAAGAGCAGGUGGGCGGCGAGGGCGCCGAAAGUGAGCCAAGAGUCGGGGAAGGAGAGGAAGGGAUGGAGGUAGACAACGACGUGGGCUUCCUUGGACACUUACUGCAUUUCCCGAAGGGGAAUGAGGAGGAGACAGCGAAGGCGGAACGAGAGUACGAGGUCAUCGACCCGAGGCAGCGGGGUGCGCGGGCCAAGGAAGAGGAGCGCGAGCGCAAACGUGCGUUGAAGGCGAAGGAUGUGACGGGCGGUCGCGGUUAUCGAAGGUAG